AUGAAAUCAACAUCUUUAAGUGCAAUUAAAACUAAAUAAAAUUUAGAUGACUCUCUUGAUCAAGAAGAUGUAGAUUUAAAAAAGCUAAAAAGAUCUCGUUUAAUGAAUAAAGAAGUCAUGGAUUGGGCUAAAAAAAGGUCACUCUCUGCUAUUAAAAAAUAAUAUGUGCAUUACCCAUAAGAUUUGAAAAAAAUAUAAGAAAUAAAAAAUGUAUUUCUAUAAAUAGAUAAAGAUGGCUCCAGAUCUUUGGAUAAAGAUGAAAUAAAUGAGAUGUUUUCUAAAUAUGAUUUCUAUAUUGAUCCUGACUACCUUGAUUAGCUUUUUAGGAUAGUAGAUGAUGAUCAAGAUAAUGCCUUAAAUUGGUAAGAGUUUAAAAAAUGUGCUCUAAACGAUAAUGCAACAAGAGUGUUUAACUUUAUGAUGAGAAAAGCUAGAGAAAGAGCAAAUCAAAAUAAAACAGAAAGGAGACCAAUACAAGUAGUUUAAGAUAUUAAAGUUGAAGAUAUGGAUAAUUAUGAGUAAUACGAAUAAGCUUUGCUUAAUUAAGAAAAAGAAUAAAAGCUAGCCUAACUGAUAAUGAUAGAAGAGACACCUCAGAUGUAACUUAAUUACAUACCUUUAAGAUUUCUCGAAGUUAUCAGCUAUUUGAGCUAUCUUUCCAACAGAGAUGAAAUUCUAGAUAAGGUUAAUAAAACUAAUGAGGUGAAGCAAAAGUUUAAGGUCUUUCAAGACCUUUUUAAUUGCAAUAAAGAUUAUUCUGAUUCCUACAUGAACUCUAAAAAAUAAGAAAUUGAGCUUUUAAGAUAAAGAAGAAGCAUAAGUAUUGAUAAUAAAUAAAAGUAGAGAAUUACAAUUAGGAAUUUUAAAGAUUUAAAUUCUUUUCUUUCUAGGAUGACUGUGGUCCCUUUUGAUGCAAAUUAGAGAAGAUAAUAAAAUUAGUUUCAAAGCGAACCUAUACCUUUAGACUAUAAGGAAAGAAAGCAGUAUGUAAGAAGCACUACUUUGCAGCAAGAAUAGAGUUUAACAAAAUUAUUAGUCAAUAAAUCAGAAAAAUCAUUAAAAAUUCCAUAACAUUUGUUAUCAUUAGAAACUAUGAAAUCGUAGCAAGUAAGUAAUUUAGCAGAAGUAGAUAAAAGCAUUUCUAAAUUGCUUUAAUAAAAUGAAAAAAUUAAGACCGAAAUAACUAAAAAUUAAUUUGUUAUAAGUGAUAGAAUUAAAUUUUUUGUUGAUAAAGCAAAAGAGAAAUAUAAUUUAUAACAAUAGUAAAUGCUUUCAGAUAAUAAUUCUAAGAAUUAAAAUUAUUCAUUAUAUAAAAAAUAAGAAAAAAUAAAAUACCCUGAAAUAAAUUCAAAAAUAGCAGAAAAUUAAGAUUAAUUUAGACCUAACAGCACUGAAAAAAGCAACCUGAAAUAAAAUUUGGAUAAAUACUAUUCUUAUUUUAAUAGAAACUCAAUUAAAGAAAAACUGAAAACAAUAGGCUAUAUAAAUGAAGAUAAUAGUGAGUUUAAUGAUCACGAAAUUUCCUAAAAUAAUUUGAAUAGUAAAAGUAUUCAUAAUAUUAAAGAUGAUCUUCUCCCCUCUGAAUGUAUUUAGUCAAUAAAUUAAAUUAACAAAAUAGACGAAGAAAAACUCAAAAAAUGUCUAGGGUUUUAGAAUUUCUCUAAACUCAUAGGCAAAAAAAUUAGAUAUUAAACUCCUCCAAGAAUCUAAAUUGUUUAUAACAAAAAAGUAGAUAACAAUACAUAAUAAAAUUAAAAUUUACUUUAAUGCUAGGAAUAAAACAAAUUUAAUUUAAAUUUAUAAUAAAAUACUUAAUUCAAUAAUCAAAAGAUUAAUUAAUACCUAGAAAAAGUAAAUUAAUAAAAAGUUAAUCCCACUUUAGCAACAGCUAAAAGAAUUUUUGGAUCUUCGUAGUCUAUUAAAAGACAUAUAAAUAAUUAUUCUUCAACCAAAUUAAAGAAUUAAAAUAUUAUCAAAGGUGAAUAAAUACCUGCAAAGCAAAUUAAAUUGAUUACUAAAUGGAUUGAAACUGUUUCUGUUUCAUAAAAUGAAAAUUUGUAAAGUGAAUUAAACAUGUGA